AUGAUCCGUGGAUCCUUGGUAGUGAUCAUAUUCCGCAAGACGUUGGCUCUGGACUGUGGUAACAAUUCUGAUAACUCAGCCUCAGUGACACUGAUGAGCACAGACAUCGACGGGAUAGCAUCAGCCUUUGAUUCCGUUCAUGAUAUAUGGGCCUGCCCAAUAGAGAUAGCGCUUGGCUUGUGGCUGCUUGAGCGACAUGUCGGAGUAGCCUGCAUUGCCCCAGCCUUAACAGCUUUAGGUUUUCUUGCCUUACCCAUGCUUUUGGUGUUGGUUCUGACUAAGGUUCUAGUAUUCUUCCUUGCAAGUCUAUAUCUCGCCCGCUUCAUGGGACGUGGACGUCGCGAGUGGAACCAGGCGGUUCAGAAGAGAAUCACCAAUACCUCUUCAUUCCUCAGCCUGAUGAAGGAGGUGAAGAUGCUGGGCUUGACAGACGCAGUAUCUACACGUAUACAGCGUCUCCGAGCCAUUGAGCUUGAUCUAUCAAAGAAAUUCCGUGUAAUGACCGCUUGGACCAGUUUCCUGUGUGAGUGA